AUGGCCUCUGUUGCUAUUCCAGAAAAGCAAAAGGGUGUUAUUUUCUACGAAAAUGGUGGUAAACUAGAAUACAAGGACAUUCCAGUUCCAAAGCCAAAGCCAAACGAAAUCUUGAUCAACGUCAAGUACUCUGGUGUGUGUCACACAGAUUUGCACGCCUGGAAGGGUGACUGGCCAUUGGCCACCAAGUUGCCUUUGGUCGGUGGUCACGAAGGUGCCGGUGUCGUUGUCGCCAUGGGUGAAAACGUUAAGGGCUGGGAAAUCGGUGACUAUGCCGGUAUCAAGUGGUUGAACGGUUCUUGUAUGUCCUGUGAAUUCUGUGAAUUGUCCAACGAAUCUAACUGUCCAGACGCCGACUUGUCCGGUUACACCCACGACGGUUCCUUCCAACAAUACGCUACUGCAGAUGCUGUGCAAGCUGCAAGAAUUCCAAAGGGUACCGAUUUGGCUGAAAUCGCCCCAAUCUUGUGUGCUGGUGUUACCGUCUACAAGGCUUUAAAGACCGCUGGCUUGAAGGCUGGUGACUGGGUCGCCAUCUCUGGUGCCGCUGGUGGUCUAGGUUCCUUGGCUGUCCAAUACGCCAAGGCAAUGGGUUACAGAGUUGUCGGUAUUGAUGGUGGUGAAGAAAAGGGUAAGUUGGCCAAGCAAUUGGGUGCCGAAGCCUUCGUUGACUUCACCAAGACCAAGGACAUGAUUGGUGAAAUCCAAGAAAUCACCAACGGUGGUCCACACGGUGUCAUCAACGUCUCCGUCUCCGAAGCCGCCAUGAACGCUUCCACCCAAUACGUCAGACCAACUGGUACUGUCGUGUUGGUUGGUUUGCCAGCCGGUGCAGUCAUCAAGUCUGAGGUCUUCUCCCACGUCGUUAAGUCCAUUGCCAUCAAGGGUUCUUACGUCGGUAACAGAGCUGACACCAGAGAAGCCAUUGAGUUCUUCGCUGCUGGUAAGGUUAAGUCUCCAAUUAAGGUUGUUGGCUUGUCUGAAUUGCCAAAGGUUUACGAACUAAUGGAACAAGGUAAGAUCUUGGGUAGAUACGUCGUCGACACUGAAAAAUAA